AACCGUAACACCGUUACGCGUGCGUCGUGCCAUUUUUAAAAUAUAGAUUUUGUUCGUCAGUACAAGUCAGUUGGUUUUAUGCUUCAAAGUGGUGUCUUGUUGUUGUAAAUAUUGAAGAGUGUGGCUUUUAUUAACUAUGGAAUUCAAUUUAAAUAACCUGUAUAAGCCAAAGAAGGUGGAGGAGCUUAGAUCUAGGAAACAAUACAAGCCUGCACCAAAAUUCAGCAUUCAAGAAGGGGUACUGAAAAGAACACAAUUAUUAAAUAAUAAAAGGAAAAGUUCGAGAUUUGAGAUUUUAGAUGCCACUAGGCAUUUAGAAAUGCAUGAUAAAGAAAAAAGGGAAAGUUCCAAAAAAUUUAAAGAGCAAGAAAGAAUUAGAAUGCUUUUAGAGUGGAAAAAGGAAAAGCAAAGAAAAAAACAGGAAUCUGUAAAUAAAUUAAAACCUUUUGUAACUGGAACAGUUAAAUUCCCAAAAUAUUAUGUGCCACCUUCACCACUGCCGAAAAUUAAAAGUAAAGAUAAGCAAGAAGCUAAUAAGAAAACAUAUGAGUUUAAAAAUUAUAAACCAUUUUCUACAUUUCCAAAGAAAUAUCAGUCAAACUUUGAAUUUAAACAGCAUCCAUCUAAUUUGGUACAAGAACAUCCAAAGAAAGCGCAAAUUGUUUCAAAGAUGCCAAUAUCACAAACUGAUCCAAGUCAAAUCCAGACAAAACGGAAAGGAGUACAUAGGUCAAGAAAAGACUCGGAUAAUAAAAUAACAAAAAAAGGUCCUUCAGAGAGAGAUGAUAUUAUCACAAAGUUUCGAGCACAACUAGAUUCUGAGGUUCAUCGAAUUCUACAGAUGUGUAAGGCAUGGGACAAAGUCUCCGAGACAACUACAAUUCCUGUCUUUGCCCAGGAGCUCGUGCUGGCGGCGACGGGGCAGGGCAGGCUGUUGGUAUCGCAAAAGAUGGAGCAGUUCCGGUCGCUGGUAGACACGUGCAACCGAAAGCUGACCGGCGCCAGGCAGGUCACUACGCAGGACCUGCACGGUUUCUGGGACAUGGUCUACAUCCAGGUCGAAGACAUAAACAAACGUUUUGAGCAACUGGAACAACUAAUGGCGAAUAAUUGGAAGGAGAAUUCAGAGGAAAAGAUGCAACCGGCCAAAAGGGGCAGAACCAUAAAUAUAUCAAAACCGAAAAAGAAACCCGUAGUCAAAAGCCGCAUUCGCCAACUAAUUUUAGAUAAAAUAAAGAAUAUUCCAGUAAAUGAAGAUGAAGAAAAUGUAAAAACAUUGGAUGCCGGGUUCUUAAGCACGCAAACACCGACAAAGACAAGCACUCUUUGGCCCAGCACUUCUAAAAAUAACUAUUUACCAGCAGUUACUGCAUCUUCUAAUAAUCAAUCACCAUCCACGGAGCAGGUGGAAGACAUAAACAAACCUUUUGGGAAACUUAAAGCGAAUAAUUGCGAGGAGAAUACACAGGAAACGAUGAAACCAGCAAAAAGGGGCAAAACCAUAGAUAAUUCAACCCCUGAAAAGAAACCCGUAAUUUCAAACUGCAUUAGCGAAAUAAUUUUAGUAAGUGCGUCAACACCAACAAAAACAAGCACUCUGUGGCCCAGCACUUCUCAAAUUAAAUAUUUAGCACCAAUUGCUGCAUCUUCUAAAAAAUCACCAUCCACGGAGCAGGUGGAAGAUGUAAAAAAAUCUUUCGAGCAACUUAAUGCUAAUAAUUCGAAAGAGAAUAGAAAGGAAAAGAUAAAACCGGCAAAAAGAGGCAAAUCCGUAAAAAAAACAUUAAAAAAAAAUCAAGUCCAAAGCCGCAUUCGUCAUCUAAUUUUAGAAGCAAAAAAGGCAAACAAGGAUAUAGCAAAUAAUGUAGAGACAUUUGAUGCGGGCUGGUUUAGUAUACAAUCUCCAAAAAUGCCUGUCACACCACAACGAAAGACACGUCAAAAUACAAACUCACCAAUACUUAUGUUAUCUUCCACCAAGACCCCGUUUGAGGAGCAGAAUCGUGUGUCGCAGAGUAUGCUUCGGGCGUCUCUCAUCGGAAAGUCUAUACAAGAAUGAUUGGAUCGCAUCAUCAAUUUUCGUAUAACGUUCUUUUAUUCUACAAGUUUUGCAAGAUACCUCCCUGAAAUGUUCAUAGUGUGUUUGCAAACUGAGUUACCACAAGUAAAGCGCACGUCGCUUUGUGACAUGAGAUUGCUAUAUUGUUGAAUAAUUUUUGUAAUUAUUUGAUUUAUUAAUGGUAUCCUUGUGUAAAAUAAGUGUACAUUUCUUGAUGAUAUAUAAAUCAUCAUCGACUUAAUUCCAUAAAAAUAUGACAUUAAUUUAAUAUCAAUAUUGUUAUUUG